UAUGGUUUCUAGGCUCGAGAUGAGCUGCUGGAUGUAAGCAUGUUGUACGAGAUCUUAGAUUCACUGAGGCAAGAGGUGGGUGAAUGUGGCCUUACCACACGUUCUCAGCGCUUCCUUAUGUGCCCUGACCAUCAGUCACAAGUAGCAUUCCUAGAUCAGCACAAGGGAUUUCUUCUUAAGCGUCAAACAGUUGUGACAUGUUUCUCCACCAUGAAAAAAAGUCAUGCUGAGGAUGAUGCAAUUUCUUGUUUGGUGUUAGGAACCGAAAGUGCCAAUAUUUUCAUCCUGGACCCUGAAGCAUUUACAAUUCUCAACAGUGUAAGUAUAUAUAGUUCAGUAAUCUAUGAAUAUUAUUAACUAAAAUCCAUUUGUGGACAAGUCACGGCAUGUGAAUAUCUUUAAUAGAAAUACUAUAGGAAGCAAGGAAAGUGUGCUUGUUUUCCCUGUUUCUCUGCCUUUGCUUCAGUCUUUAUAAUGUCGGCACAUAAUCUCAAAUGAAAAAAAGAAAAAAAAUGCACUGUAACUUCUCAAUGGUAGCAUACUGUGGUAACUCCUGAGAAAAAUCGGAGAGCCAACAUCACUGAAAGAUUCACACAAAAGUACAAUAUUAAUAGCUACAAGAAAAGUUAUAUAGAUAAGUAAAAGAAAAAUUAAGGCAAAAAAAUAAACAAGAACAUUUAAUGAACACUGAGGAA